GCAAAAGCAUUGGGCCCAUCUGCUGAGAGACUGGUCCUGAGAGAACGUGACCAACACUAGGAGACACCACGAUCCACAAUCAUGGAAUUUUCUAAGCUACCCAAGAUGGCUGACGCAGAGCAGGAGAGUAUGAUGGGAUAUGUCCACGGUGUAUCUGGGCCUGUGGUUAUAGCCUCUGAGAUGGCAGGUGCAGCUAUGUAUGAACUGGUACGUGUUGGCCAUUCUGAACUUGUUGGGGAGAUCAUUCGUCUUGAAGGAGAUCUGGCAACCGUCCAGGUGUAUGAAGAGACCUCUGGAGUUUCAGUGGGGGACCCUGUGUUAAGGACUGGGAAACCCCUCUCGGUGGAGCUUGGCCCCGGAAUUAUGGGAAAUAUCUUUGAUGGGAUUCAACGUCCUCUUAAAGACAUCUCGGAUCUGACAAAAAGCAUUUACAUCCCCCGUGGAAUUAAUAUCACUGCUCUGUCCCGAGACAUUAAAUGGGAAUUUGCUCCAGAUAAAAACAUACGGGCUGGAAGCCACGUCACAGGAGGGGACAUUUAUGGAAUUGUACAAGAGAAUUCCCUUAUCCAACACAAGAUUAUGGUGCCACCUCGUAGUUGUGGGACAGUCACCUACAUCGCUCCUCCAGGAAAUUAUGAUAUUUCGGAUGUGGUGAUGGAGUUAGAUUUUGAAGGGAUAAAAGAGAAACUCACUAUGGUGCAAGUCUGGCCGGUGAGACAGAUACGUCCGACUACUGAGAAACUCCCAGCAAACUAUCCUCUGCUAACUGGACAGAGAGUAUUGGAUGCCCUUUUCCCGUGUGUCCAAGGUGGUACCACAGCCAUUCCAGGUGCUUUUGGGUGUGGGAAGACAGUUAUCUCUCAAGCUCUUUCCAAAUUCUCUAACAGUGACGUCAUUGUGUAUGUGGGUUGUGGUGAGCGUGGAAAUGAGAUGUCAGAAGUGCUGAGAGAUUUCCCAGAGCUCACAAUGGAAGUGAAUGGAAAGACUGAGACAAUCAUGAAGAGAACCACUUUGGUUGCAAAUACAUCAAACAUGCCAGUGGCUGCAAGAGAAGCCUCUAUCUAUACUGGGAUUACCUUGUCGGAAUAUUUCCGUGAUAUGGGAUAUAAUGUUAGUAUGAUGGCUGACUCAACAUCUAGAUGGGCUGAGGCCUUAAGAGAAAUUUCUGGACGUCUUGCAGAAAUGCCUGCAGACAGUGGAUACCCAGCAUACCUUGGUGCUCGGCUGGCUUCUUUCUAUGAACGUGCUGGACGUGUUAAAUGUCUUGGUAGUCCACGCAGAGAAGGAAGUGUCAGCAUUGUUGGGGCUGUAUCCCCUCCUGGAGGAGAUUUCUCAGAUCCUGUAACAUCAGCGACACUCGGCAUCGUGCAGGUCUUCUGGGGUCUGGAUAAAAAACUGGCACAAAGGAAACACUUCCCCUCUGUUAACUGGCUCAUCAGCUACAGCAAAUAUAUGAGGGCGCUGGAAGAAUAUUAUGAGAGAAACUACAGUGAGCUGAUUCCCCUGAGAACAAAAGCCAAAGAAAUUCUUCAAGAAGAAGAGGAUUUGGCAGAAAUUGUACAGCUGGUGGGAAAGGCUUCACUUGCUGAAGCAGAUAAGAUCACACUGGAAGUUGCCAAACUGAUCAAAGAUGACUUUCUACAACAAAAUGGAUACUCCGCUUAUGACAGGUUCUGUCCUUUUUACAAGACGGUGGGGAUGCUUCAGAAUAUGAUAGCUUUUUAUGAUAUGGCCCGUCAUGCUGUGGAAGCAACAGCUCAAGCUGAGAACAAAAUUACCUGGAAUGUCAUCCGUGAGAACCUUGGGGACAUUCUUUAUAAGCUGAGUUCAAUGAAAUUCAAGGAUCCGGUAAAGGAUGGAGAAGCAAAGAUCAAGGCUGAUUAUGCUCAGCUGCUUGAAGAGAUGCAGAAUGCUUUCCGCAGCCUGGAGGACUAAACCAUUACACUGAAAAAUCUAGAGGACUAAGUCAUAACACAUAUUGCUUCUACAGCACAGGUGUAUUCUGAUAAAUACAAUUUCACAUUAAGAAGGAGAGAAGCAACAUGUGUGCUGGAGCCGCAAAGUAGACUAAUUAUGAAAUGUUAUAAUUAAUAUACUUCAUUUUACUCUAUUUUAUAUGUAAAUAAUGUUUAAUUUAAGCUUUAGUGUAAAAUAUUUCCAUUUUAAAACGAAAUAAAGCUAUUUGGAAGUGAGAAA